CUACUGUGAGCGCCGUCGUGGGGGACCCCAAGAUCUCCACAUGCCGUGGGGGAACUGGAAGAGUCCACUGGUUCUUCUCGCCGUCGGCACAAUUCACAGCUGUCUGGACGACGUCAUGCUCGGACUUACGACGCAAUCAUUCGGUGACAUGCAAUUACGAGCGGCUUCAAUGGCAUCUCAAGAAAUACGAGGAGCUAUGCUCGCCAAAAUAUCUGGACCUACGGAAGAAGAUCCGUUUAACAGCCAAAGUGUGGUCUGGAUGGUGGGGGAACAAAAGUGGCCACUGAGUAUGGUUGUGAACCCAAGAGACUUCGUCAACUUGUGUGCCUGUGGGAUCAUCACAACAGCAAACGGUGACCGUAUCGGGUACGAGAUUGUUCAGCCGGCACAACUACCUCAGUGUCCCGAACUUCCAGGCUCAAUAAAGCGGGGAAAAUUCAUGUACGGGGCACUAUUUCGAGAGGAGAACGGGGCUGUCGACGUCUACAUUUAUGUCCACGUAGAGACUAUGGGCGCUGGUGUGAACGCUGUAAUGAUGAACGGGAUCUGGAGUUCCAUUCUUGGGUUUUGGAAAGCUCCAAGUUUUUCAGAAGAGAAAAAACUCGAAUGGUGCGUCAUCACCAACGCUGUAAAGAGGGCGAGCAGUAAGCGCAAGACAUCGGAGACUAAAUCACGGACGGAUCUUCCGUCUUGUAGUCGCUGUACAGCUGUCCUAGUGCCGCGAAACCAAAGCGAGUAUUCCCGAGGGACCAUUACAUGUGCAGCGUGUGCGUCGAUUUUGUGCUUUAGCUGCAGUGUGAAGCGCACCAUUAAAACGACCACGGGAAGCAGCAAAGGCGCGGUGACUCGAAAUGUAGCUAUCAGAUUGUGUAAGAACUGUUUGAAACUUAUCGAGAAGGAGAGCGCAGCUAAAAUUGCGUGGGAGCAGUACCAAUACCGUCUCAUGUAUUCCGCGACGGACACUUGCAGCAGCAGUCAACCGCUGUGGGGCCUCGCUGAUGACUCAGCAAUGUUUAUGUGGUCCCCAGACCGACACUUCUCCAUUUCAGACGUUUACUCUGACGGAGAAGAAACAUGGCUGACGUAGCGCCCAAUACGAAA